CUGACAUCCUUAUAGAUUUCUUCUUCUUUCAGCCGUUGUUGCUGUUGCUCAAUUUUUGUUCCGUCUCGGUCUGCCCAUUGCUCGUGGUUCUGUGGAUAUAGAAUGGCACAGGAAAUCAUUUAUUUCGGCCGGUUUGUUUCGACACCAACACCUGACGAACUUCAAAUUCGGACAGGGGCUGUUCUUGUCGAUAGCAGCGAUGGAAAGGGAAUAAUACAGAAAGCAGACUGGACCGUUGCUAGCCCUGAUGAUGCUAUUAUCAAAUUCGGAGUCAAGGCGCCUGUGGUAAUAGCCAAGGAGAAUGGCUUUUUCUUUCCUGGGUUUAUAGACACUCAUAUACACGCCUCGCAGUAUCCUAAUGCUGGAAUCUUCGGAAAGUCGACGCUCUUGGACUGGCUCACCACAUACACAUUCCCUCUGGAGUCUUCCUACGGCAAUGUCAAGUCUCCCAUGUACAAGGACGCCGUCGAGCCUCCAGAUCCGCUCACCCGGGCGAACAAGGUGUAUAACAGGCUCAUCAAUCGUACUUUAGCCAAUGGUACGACUACCGCUUCGUAUUAUGCCACUAUCCAUCUGGAAGCGACCAAUUUGCUCGCACAAAUUGCCUUCCAGAAAGGUCAACGAGCAUAUAUUGGGCGUGUGUGCAUGGACAGGCCGGAGACAUGUCCAGAUUACUACCGAGACGAAAGCACCGAAGAGACAAUAACGAACACGAAGGCGAGCAUCAAAUUUUGCAGAGAGCUUGACCCUUCUGGUGAACUUUUAGCACACAUUAUCACGCCAAGGUUCGCACCUAGUUGUCUACCAGAGACCUUGAGUCAACUCGGCGCACUGGCGAAGGAUGAGGACCUCAGGGUACAGACUCAUAUAUCUGAAAACCUGAACGAGGUCGAGCUGGUCCGCGAGUUGUUUCCCGAUCAAAAGAGCUAUGCUGACGUCUACGAUCAUCAUGGACUGUUGACGGCCAAGACCAUUCUAGCACACGCUGUACAUCUCAGCAAGGAGGAGAUGCGGCUGGUCAAGCAACGGAACUCGAAGAUCAGCCACUGUCCGGCUAGCAACAGUGCUUUGGGAAGCGGCUUCUGUCCAGUGCGGCAGAUGUUGGAUGAAGGACUCGAAGUUGGUCUUGGUACCGACGUCAGCGGAGGAUACAGCCCCAGCAUUCUCGACGCGGCGAGAAAUGCUUGCAUCGUGAGCAGGCACGUGGGUCAUCUAAACAAUGGAGACAGCAAAUAUAACCUCGGGGUGUCCGAGGCGUUAUGGCUUGGUACAAUGGGUGGAGCAAAAGUCGUGGGAAUGGAAGGGCGUCUCGGUGGAUUUGAGGAGGGCAUGCUCUGGGAUGUACAAGAGAUCAACUUGGGUGAGGUCGGCGAGGAUGGUCAAGGCGAAGACACCGGUGUAGAUAUAUUCGGAUGGGAGCGUUGGGAUGAUCGGGUUGCCAAAUGGCUGUGGAAUGGUGAUGAGAGGACGGUAGGGCGAGUAUGGGUUGGAGGGAGACUGGUGCAUGAGCGGCGAUGAUGACUUCCCUACCCUAUCAACAUUGAUGCUGUGCUAAGAGUAGAGCAUGUGUUAGGUGCUUUGGAAUACAAACGAUUCGAGGCA